AUGCGAGUCCAGGCUCCAGCUUCCUAUCCCUACCUCGCACCACAGAACAACAGUCCCACGCUGCAUUAUGGUCCUGCGCCCACCCGACAGGCGCAUCGGUGCAAGUCCACCAAGAAGGUCACAUUGACGCCUCCAGUCCAGAUCUUGUUCUGUCUCAAGAAGAAGAACAAGAAGCUCAUCUCUCGUCGAUGGAAGGCGUUUGAUGUCAACAAACACGUCGCAGGAGCCUGUGGAGAGACCUAUGCGAUGACAGGUCGUGGAUGUGUCAACCUGGCCAACCCUCUGGUCGUGGCGCAGAACUUUGAGUACAAGAUGUCAAACAUUCUGGACAAGUCCAUCGAGUCUAUGUUUGGAUACAUCUCGGUCUUGCCGGGAGCAUUCUCAGCGUACCGGUACAAGGUUCUGCAAAACGACACCAAGUGCAACGGACCGCUAGCUUCGUACUUCAAGGGCGAGAAUCAGUCAGGCGACAUGAAUAACAUCUUCUCCGCCAACAUGUACCUGGCCAAGGAUCGUAUUCUGUGCUUCGAGUUGGUGGCCAAGCGAGGUGGACAGUGGCUGCUGAACAACAUGUACAGUCACAUCGUUGGUCUCGAGGAGCACUGUCAGGAGAACGCUUCAUAG